CAGCGCAACCAAUCAAAACCUAGUUCCGCAGAGCCAGCGUGACGGAGCUGACGGCGUGAGGGGGGUCGGGAGGGAGCAAGGGGUUGCCUCCAGGAAGUUGCGGUUGCCAUGGGAACAGGGCCCCGGAAGGACGCUUUACCGUGGCGGCCUGGGGACAGCUCUGAUGGAGCAGAGACUGGGGACUGCUGGGCCGGAGCCCCCCUGCCCCUUCCUCGCCUGGAGCGCCGAGGAAGUGGCCCAGUGGGUGGGGAAGCUCGGCUUCCCCCAGUACGAGGAAUGCUUCAGGGCCAACGGCAUCAGCGGCCGCCGACUCAUCCUCGUGAACUGCUCCAACCUCCCUGCCAUAGGAGUCAAGGACUUCAGCCACAUAAAGGAGAUUUCACGACAUGUACGAGAGCUGCUAGGGACUGAGGAGCCUGCCUUCAGCAGAUCCAUUGCCCUCCCAUACAGAGACAACAUGGGUCUCUUUUUGGAGCGAAAGUCUUCGUCAGGAAAGAAAGCAGAUGCCCUCACGUUUUCACAGUUUAUCAAAGAAGCAGGACUAGAGCCCUAUACUACAGUUCCUACUUUGCAAAAAGCCCAGACUGGGGUAGAAACAGAUACCCUCCCUGCAUCACAAGGCACCCAGAGGCAGGAUUAGAGACUCGCACUGCACUUGCACCCUUGUAAGAAGCCCAGCAGAAUACACCAUAAUUACCUGGAAUUUUGUCCAAGGAAAUACAGUUCUACCUUCUCCUGAUCAUAGAAAAGGCAAUUGCAGCUCUUAGCAUUUUGAUGACAGCAAGAACAUCCCUAUAUUGGCUCUUUUCUGCAAUCUUUUGUUUGCUUCCAGGAACUAAAUGAAGCAGAGUCUGUAAACCAGACCGUACCACUGUCUGUCUUUCAAUUCUGCUUCAGAGUUGAUUAAAAAGACAAAAAAAAAUCAGACUUAUUUCAGUUACCAGUGAUGAAUAGCAACUUUCUGGCAGCUCCCAGGCUUUAGUGUCUGCCGACUGGGCUCUCUCUAAAGCCCAGAUGUUAAGACAAAUGACACACACAAUAACUGAUAUACAGGUGUGGUGACAGCUGCUGUCAACGACUGUAAUUAAGUGAGGGGCUUAUUUACAACAUAAGUAACUAAUCCCUGGCCUCACUGCAGAAAUUAUUUCCUGAGGCAAAACCAGGCACUGGUUUAUCAUAGCAAACUGUAAUGAAAUACAUGAUAGAUGAUGGCAAGAAGUAUAAGAGAAUACCGUAAGCUGAACUAGUGGAUUUAGGGAAUAAAAAAUGCUUUGUCCUGGGUGGAUUUGUACAGAAUAUCUAGUUACCUUUUUUUCUUGAAGGAAAUAUCAUUCAGUCUGUGGUGGUGGAGCGCAUUAUCACCAGCAAGGAAGUAUGAAUAAGUGCUGAUGAAAGCCUGUCUCAACAGAAAGACUACAUCAUUAUUAUUGUCUGGCAUCAACAGCUGCCUCAA